UGCUAUGCAGAGCUCCUUCCCAGGCCGCACUUCUUUUCAUCCAGCUGCCAGCUAGACAAUGAAUCACGACACGACUCUUGAAUAACCGGAGCGAUGCAUCCCACUGUGUACCCGCUGAUCCCUCCAGAAGCGGAAGAUUAUGAAGGGCAAGCGGCACGGUUAAUACUUCCCGCAACAAAUUUAUCUGAAUCAGGGGAAACUACAACUCCCAUCAUACAUGUCGAGAAAUAAGCAGGAAGGAAAUAAUUGCAAGGCCGUCGCUUUCGGAAACGAGUGCUUCCAACAGGGAGACUAGAGCUCUCAACACGCCAAGGCAGUCAUGUCCAACAAGGAAGUCAAAGCAGCAUUGAAAAGUGCCAGAGAUGCUAUAAGAAAUAAAGAGUACAAAGAAGCACUGAAAUACUGCAAGGCUGUAUUGAAACAGGAGAAAAAUAACUACAAUGCCUGGGUAUUUAUUGGUCUGGCAGCUGCUGAGCUGGAACAACCUGAUCAAGCCCAAGGUGCCUACAGAAAGGCUGCUGAACUUGAACCAGGACAGUUGCUGGCAUGGCAGGGCUUAGCAAAUUUGUAUGAAAAAACAAAUCAUACAGAUGUUGGAGAGGAUUUGGUUACUGUUUACCAGAAACUCCUGGAACUCUAUGAAAGCACUGAUAAACAGAAAUGGUGUGAAGUUUGUAGAAAGCUUGUGGAACUGUAUCAGCGAGAGAAAAAAUACAUCCAGGUGGCUCGAACUUGGCACAAGCUAAUAAAAAUAAGACAGGAAGAAGGUGCAGAUAAAGCUGAGCUUCAUCAGUUAUGGAAGAAAUUGGUCCAGUUACUGGAAGAAGGCACGCAUCUCCAGGAUAAUGAAACACGGCAAUUGCUCCUUAAUGCAUUUGAAGAGGCAGUGAAUUCAUCAGACCCAAUUCCAAGUGAAGAGCAUCAAAAGAUUUACAGAGAGUUAAUUCAGUGUUUGUCAAAAUUUCCUCAUGAGUCUUUUAGACUGAAGAAGGCUUGUGAAGAUAUGAUGGCUUUGUAUCCUGCUGUGGGUUAUCCCCUGGAAGUUCUUUGCUUAGGUUUCAUACAGUCAGGCAGUUUCACUGAGGAGGCCCUGAAUUGUUGUCGGAAGCUGUUGGAUAUUGACUCAAGAAGUGGCCCAGCCCUUAUUGGUUUAGGGAUUCAGUUUCUGCAAGAAAAAGAAUAUGCUGAAGCUGAAAAAAAGCUAAUGGAAGGUUUGCAGCAGACCAGCCAGUGUCCAGAAGCAUGGUGUUACUUAGGGAAGGUACAAGUGAAAAUGCAUAAAUUCCAAGGAGCUGUUCAUUCUUGCAAUCAAGCUUUGAAAAUACUGGGACAAUUUAAUGAAUCCAGUUCCAGCCAGCAACAGAAAAACCUUGCCCAUCGUUUCAAAGCAGUGGCCCUGAUUAAAAUUCCAGGUGUUGACUCUGCAAAAGAAGCCCUAAGUUCCCUCGAUCAGAUUUUGGAUAGUAACAAUGAUCCCAAACUUAUCGCUCUUAAAGGAGAGGCCUGUCUCAAUAAAGGACUAGCAGAUGAAGCUUUGAAGGUUUCACAAGAGCUUAAACAGACACAUCCUGAUCUGGCAGAAGCCCACUUCCUUGAAGGGUUGGUGUACUACAGACAAAAGAACUAUCAUCAAGCAGAAACAAGUUUCCAGCGAGCGAUUGAAAAAGAACCAGAAAUAGCUGACUUCCAUUUCUGUCUGGGCCUCACUUACUGGUUUAUGAGCGAAGAGACAAGAAAGGAUAAAUCCAAAGCUCUUACUCAAUUUCUAAAGGCAGCAAAGCUGGACAAUUACCUGGGAAGUGCUUUCCACUACUUAGGUCAAUACUACAGGGAUAUAGCCGGAGAUAAAAACAGAGCUCUUGGCUGCUAUAAAAAGGCUUUUGAAAAAGAUAAAGCAGAUGGAGAAGCUGGAGCAGCAGUAGUAGACUUAAGCAUUGAGCUUGGAGACUUGCAAACUGCCCUUGCCAUCUUGACAGAGGUAACAGAACAAGCCAGUGCUGGGAGAGCGAAGUGGGCCUGGCUUCGUCGUGGACUUUACUACCUGAGAGCUGGUCAACAUUCACAAGCAGUGGCAGAUUUGCAGGCAGCUCUGCGAGCAGAUCCAAAGGAUCCCAACUGUUGGGAAUCUCUAGGAGAAGCAUAUCUGAGCAGAGGGGGCUACACAACAGCGUUGAAGUCUUUCCGAAAGGCCAGAGAACUGAAUCCCAAGUCUAUAUAUAGUAUUUAUAAGGCUGCAGCAAUUGAACAGAUUCUAGGAAAAUAUAAAGACGCUAUUGCAGAAUAUCAGCAUAUCCUGAAGAAAUCAAAAGAUUAUGUCCCUGCAUUGAAAGGUCUGGGAGAGUGCUAUCUCAUGAUGGCAAAGAUUGCUCUUGUUGACUUUCUGGAUGGCAAAGCUCUGGACUACAUAGAAAAAUCUCUUGGUUUUUUAGCACGAGCAGCAAAGCAUCGUCCUGAAGUAUCUUGCCUUUGGAAAUUGCUGGGAGAUGCCUGUAGUAGUGCUUCUGUUAUUUCACCAUCCAAAGUGAAUGUGAAAGUUUUAGGAUUCCUUAUUGGUCAGAACACAGACAAAUGCGUGCUAAAGAAAAGUGAUCUGCUCAGUCUGGGAGGAAGGUGUUAUGGUAGAGGAUUAAAGCUGAUGUCCUCGCCAAAUACAUGGUGUGAUCUUGGGAUAAAUUACUAUAAUCAAGCACAGCACCUUACAGCAAUGGGCAGUAAUGAGAAUGAAAUUGGUGAACUGUUAGAGAAAUCUGUACAGUGUCUUAAAAAAUCUGUGAGGCUAGACAGUAAAAACCAUCUUUACUGGAACGUCCUUGGUGUGGUGGCCUGUUGCAAAGGUACAUCUCAAGGUGUUGGAAACUAUUCCCUUGCACAGCAUGCAUUCAUUAAAUCUAUUCAAGCUGAACAAAUUAAUGUUGUUGCCUGGACCAAUUUGGGAGCCCUAUACUUAACAACUGGAAACAUAGAGCAAGCACAUGAAGCCUUCAAAGUAGCCCAGUCCUUGGAACCUUCCUAUCUAACAUGUUGGAUUGGGCAGGCUCUCAUUGCAGAAACUGUAGGCAGCUAUGAAACUAUGGACCUCUACAGACAUACAACUGAACUCAGCAUGCAUACUGAGGGAGCAAAAGGUUAUGCCCACUGGGUGUGCUCAACCCUGCAGGAUAAAACCAACAGAAACACUGAACUGUAUAGAUACAAUAUUCUUCAGAUGAAUGCUAUUCCAGCAGCACAGAUUGCUCUGACCAAAUACACAGAAAGAAUCCAAGACGAUGCAUGUGCCUUCACAAUGCUUGGUUAUUUGAAUGAAUAUCUCCAACUAAAGAAGCAGGCGGCAGAUGCCUACCAAAGAGCUGUUCUACUGCUGAAAAAUUCUGAAGAUAAUGACAAAUACAGUAUAGCAAUGAGAAAUUAUGGCAGAUCACUUUGUGCUCUAGGUCAUUAUGAUGAUGCCAUCCAGGCUUACUUGUUGACUCAUCUCACAGAAUUUGAUGAUAUUGUAGGACUUGCCCAGGCUUACUUCAAGAAAGGACAUUUCCAAGAAAGUCAGAAGGCUUAUGAGAAAGCACUUUCCAUUGCUGAAAAUGAGCAAGACAAAGCAUAUGUUCUAACAGCCAUUGCAAUAAUGGAAUACAAGGAGAAUCAAGUGGAUGCUGCAAAAACCCUCUUAUUUAAGUGUUCUAUAUUACAGGAACCUAAUAUGGAAAGUCUGCAAGCUUUAUGCACUUUAGGGCUGAUAAAGCAGGAUGGUACACUUGCAACAGCAGCACUUAAAGAAUUAUUAAAGCAUGUAGAAAGAAAGGAUAACGUUUAUGAGAGGUGCCUUCUUACAUCAGCUGUCUUUGCAUUACAAGGCAGAAACCUGGCUGUUCAGAGACAAGUUUCUAAAGUUGUCCACAGCAACCCAGAUAAUCCUGCCCUGUGGUCUCUUCUGUCUCGACUGGUACCUCGGUAUACACCGCAAAAUGCAAAGGGUGGGGCUGUGGCAGGAACUGUUGCUCAUAUUCAUGAUUUAAACCAUGGAAAGAAAGCCUUGCUGAAUACUGCAGUUAAUCAGUUGGCAUUAGGAUGUCACACAGCUGAAAAUGAAAAGAACAAUGCACUGAAGAAUAUUCAAAAGGCAGCCCAUCUUUCUCCAGAUGAUCCUGCUGCUUGGGCUGUGCUCCUGGCUGCCUGUCAUGCUGAAAAUUCAAUUGUUUGUCUGCAUAAUACAGAGCCCAAGAGGACAAAUUUGGAAAAAAUGAUUGUACCGACAAUCUCAGCAAAAAUUAAAGACAAGGAUCUUCUACCUUCUUAUGCCCAAGCUCUUGAAGAAUGGUCUCUUUUCCAAGCUAUUACUGGCUUAAAUGAGACAGGAAGAACUUCAGAAGCUGAAGCUCUCUGUGCAAAGGGAUUAAAAUCUUUUCCAGAACAGCCGACUUUGUACUUGCUUUUAAGGCAAGUUCAGUGUAAACCACUUCUGUAUUCUCAAAAAGAGCUUCCUGAUGCCAUCUUGGAAGAGCUCCGAAAGGCAGUUAUGUCCAAUUCUACUUCAGUUACAGCUUGGCAUUGGUUAGCACAAGUGUACCAGUCACAGGGCAUGAUGCUGGCCGCAGAGAUGUGUUACCGAAAAAGUCUGCAACUGGCAUCUCAGCAAGGCAACUGGAGUGGGAAACUCUCUAGUCUACUAAGACUCGCUAAACUUGCCCUGGAAAUCUGCAUGGGUAAUAUUUCCAAUGAUCACUGGCCAUCCCUGGUUCAAGAAGCCACAACUGAAGCUUUGAAACUUGCCUUCUGUCCCUUGGCUGUUCUCUUACAGGCACUUCUACAGUACAACCGCAAAAUGGGGUCAAGAGAAACUCGUCGCAUGCUAGAAAGAGUGGUUUAUCAACCUGGGAAUCCAGAAACUGUAGUAUCAGUUGCCCGAUGGUAUCUCUUAAGACACUUAUAUGCCAAAAAUGAUUAUGAAUUAAUAGAUGUUCUGGUAGCAAAUGCCAAAGCUAACGGAGAUGUUCAAGCUUUGGAACUAGACAAGAAACUAUCAGCAGCAGCAUCCUAAUGUGAGCUUCAGUGCAGAGAUGGACAGACAGAAGGCUGACUCCAGAAGCCCCUGGCAACAACAUCUGCUUAGCAAUUGUUCUUUAAAAAUCAAGGUUCCUGUUUGUUAAACAAGUAACAUUAAUUUUCCAACAUAUUUAAAAAGGAAUCUGUCAUUAAACCAGUUGAAAUUUAGUUGAAAUUUGUUUUGUGCUCAACUUCAUCUACUUACUGCCUGAAAGAUUCCAGAAUUCUAUGGAUUUGGGAAGCACAAGGGCAGUGCUUUAUUGGCAUCUGCUAAGGUGCAGAAUAGAAUAAGUUUCUAUCAUUGAGAAACAAUAUUUUCAUGAGUUAUGCAAAAAUAUGCUGAGAAAUGAUCAACCUCAAUACUGUAGCAUGCGAAAGUAUAUCAGUAUCUCUCUUUUUUACCAUUUAGAGAUGAACCCAAUGCAGCUUCUCAGGCAAAGUAAAUAAUAUUAUGACUUGGUGAUGAUAAAGAUUAAAUCUAUGAUGUGUUGAAACACUUUGUACAAAAUGUUUGUAUUUUAGAAUUUGCAAUGCCACCUCUACAGUCCAGAAGCAUGUGAUGGUUGCCAUAAGACAUUGUUUUCAAUGUUCACCAUUUUCAUAUGAAAUUAAAAAUACAUUUACUGUGCUGUCCA